UAUAUAUAUAUAUAUAUAUAUAUAUAUAAGUUAUCGCAUCAGUUUGCCCCAACUCCGAAGAAGCCAUACUUAGCCAACUAGGAGACAUCCAACAACAACAACAACAGUUAGCAACAUCGUUAGCAACUUUGAACGAGGCACACAACGGACGAUAAGCAAGAUCAGCAGUUUCCACGGAAUCCACACCUGUCUUCAACCUUACUGAAACCAGCAUGUCAGCAUCGCGCCACCGGACGACGCGAUCCAAUUACACAUAUGGUAAAUUAGCCAGGGAACCAUUCCUCUUCCUAGGCAGGCCUCUGUAAGCUUAAAAUAAUAAACGACAGUUAGUCCUUAUCCAUUAAUCGACGAGUUCAGUUCUGUUUUGUUUUUUAAAAAACCCGAUCCUAAAGCCGAACUCAAAGCUGGCGCAGUCUCGACUUGGGGGAUAGCCACCCGUUGUGUUUCAUAGUGAAAUCGUAGUGUGAAAGCAGAUAGGAAACAUUGUGUUCAUUUAGAAGCUGCAACAAGCGAUCAUCACCGGCAGAACCAACGUAGGAAGAGCGCCCCAAGGAACCAGAACGCUCGGUAGGCCCGACCAAAUCAUCUUACCCGCUCUUGGCGUCGCUGGCUGCAUACCAGUCGACUCGAGGACGUCACCAUAGAAGAAGAACAAAAUGACAUCAUUGAGGACACACACCAGCGUGCCCAUAGAGGAGCAGUGGAGAACUACGAAGUCAUUAAGAAAAAGUUUUACUUCCCUAAAAUCAAGGACAAGGUACAACGCUUUAUCAACCUCUGUGAGACGUGCCUUGAGAGUAAGUACGAAAGAAAACCUUACAAACUCAAAUUUGCCGAAACCCCUUUACCAAGAAAACCUCUCGAUAUAAUCCAUAUUGAUAUCUUUAUAUCAAGCCCUAACAUAUUCCUUUCGGCCGUAGAUAAACUUUCAAAAUUUGCAAUGUUAAUACCCAUAAAAUCCAGGUCUAUACCAGACGUAAAACGCGGCCUCGUUAAAUUAAUUUCAACGUAUGGAACUCCUUCCAUGAUAGUAUGGGACAACGAAGCUGCGUUCAAGUCAAUUGAAGUCCGAGGACUUCUCCAAAGGUUAAGAGUGCAGUUGUACUACACCCCAUCGAACCACAGUGAGGUCAAUGGAACGGUAGAACGAUUCCACUCUACCCUUAACGAAAUAUUCAUUUGCAUUAAAAAUAAAUAUGACGAUCUCUCUAAUAAAGAAAUAUAUCGCAUCGCGACUACUUUGUACAACUCUACGAUUCAUAGCGUUACUAAAUUAAAACCAAUUGAAAUUUUCUAUGGCAUAAAAGAAGGAGAAGAGAGACCCUUAAACUUGGAAACCAUACUAGAAAACCGCAAUAGAAUCUUCGACGAAAUUAUAGAAAAACUACAAAAAAACCAACAACAAACAUUAGAAAACAGAAACAAACACAGGGAAGAUGAUCCAAAUUUCAUUAGAAACGAACGAGUCUACAAUAAAAUUCAAGGUAUCAAAAAUAAAAGAAAAGCCAGGUAUAAAAAAGUUGUAAUUAAACAUAAUAGAAGGAAAACUUACGUGGAUCACAGAGAUAUUAAACUGCAUAAAACCAAAUUGAAACGGAAGAGGAAUCCCUUACAUAAUUAACCAUAUAGUCUCAAACCUCUAUCUAACCUACUAACACCCUGCUAUAUUUGUUAAUUUACAGACCGGAAUAAUCCCCUUACUGAUAUUGACGAUCACCCUUACUCAAGCACAAAAACUAACCAUUAGAAACCUGCACGACGAACCUUUAUUGCUUGUAAAGGAAAGACAUUGUAAAAUUCAAACUGGAACAAUUAAAAUAAUCCACCCGAUAAACCUGUCUUCUAUAGAAGAAACAGCGGAGAUCCUGAUUAAAUCAUCUUACCAUAAUAAUGCCCAAACUACUAAUCCACUAACAAAUAUUUUAAAGUAUAAAGCGAAGAAAUUAUACAGCAACAUAUAUCAACUGAAACCUCAACCACACCACCGAUCAAGGAGGUGGAACACCGUUGGAACUGUGUGGAAAUGGAUCGCGGGAACCCCCGACGCAUCUGAUCUCCAAGCCAUCAAUACUACGAUGAACGACUUGAUUGACCAAAACAACCAACAGAUCAUAGUUAAUCAAAAUCUCAACACUCGGAUUCAGCAACUUACUCACGCUAUACAGGAAAUAACCAAUCAGGCCAACCUAAACGACUUGCUAAUGGACGACAUCGAAACAAUUACAUCCAUCGUAAACAUAGAUAUUCUCAAUCAGCUGCUCGAGGACAUUCAAGACGCAAUUCUGCUCUCAAAAAUGUCUAUUACUUCAAACAAAAUCCUAUCUAUUCGAGAAAUUACAACGAUAAGAGAACUUCUUCAAGACCAAGGAAUUAACAUUCACUUACCGGAUGAAGCACUACAAUACGUUACGCCAAAAUUCGCAACGAGUCAUGGAACAUUAUUAUAUUUUAUGCAUGUACCACUGUUAGAGGAGAACACCGCGGAAAUCAUCAGAAUAUACCCAAUCAUCAAUAGUAAUCAAUCAAUCAUCCAAUUCCCAGAAUUCAUAGUCAAAAGUGGUAACCGUAUUUUUGUCACACAAAAUCCGGAAGACUUCGUUCAAAAAUCUUCAUUCUUGACGGAUCUCGGGGACGAAUGUAUCAAACCGUUAAUAACCGGAGUGAAGCCUAAAUGCAACGUUGUAUUCAAUAAUCAAACAAUAAUCAAACUAAUUUCUGACAACACCAUUUUGAUAUCCAAUAUAAGGAAUCAAACAUUAGAAUCAACCUGCGGACCAGAUAAUCGAAGCCUAGAAGGAAAUGUGAUCAUCAAUUUUGAAAACUGCACAAUACAACUCAACAACGAAACAUUUAAAAACGAGGAAUAUAUCGGCGAGCCCAAUAUCAUGUAUAACGCAUUCUAUAAUCUCAAACCAAACUGGAAGCUACAGGAAGACAUCGAUUUAGGAAAAAUUCAUCACGACACAAUACAAAACCGACGACACCUCGAGCAUGUAUACCUAGAACAAAAUAAUCUCAACUUUAAGUUUUGGAGCCUGUUUGGAGGAUUUUCUUUUACUGGAAUUACAGCAGUGAUUAUCAUCAUGCUAAUCAUAAUCAGAUACGCUGGAAAAGGACCGGGACGUUCCUCACUUAGGGAGGGAGAAGUUAUCGCAUCAGUUUGCCCCAACUCCGAAGAAGCCAUACUUAGCCAACUAGGAGACAUCCAACAACAACAACAACAGUUAGCAACAUCGUUAGCAACUUUGAACGAGGCACACAACGGACGAUAAGCAAGAUCAGCAGUUUCCACGGAAUCCACACCUGUCUUCAACCUUACUGAAACCAGCAUGUCAGCAUCGCGCCACCGGACGACGCGAUCCAAUUACACAUAUGGUAAAUUAGCCAGGGAACCAUUCCUCUUCCUAGGCAGGCCUCUGUAAGCUUAAAAUAAUAAACGACAGUUAGUCCUUAUCCAUUAAUCGACGAGUUCAGUUCUGUUUUGUUUUUUAAAAAACCCGAUCCUAAAG